GAGCUACGUCAAUAAUCUCUCAUUCACUGACGUUUAGGUACCACAGUAGCCGCCAUAUUCGCAUCUAUGGCAGGGUAGCGGUGUUUGGUGAGCGUAUGGUACAGUCAACAGAAUCAACUAUUCAGACACCAGCCCCCCUUUUCUAAGCACAUAGCUGUUAUCCGUCGUAUUAGCGUGUUUGUGUGCGAUCAUCCCGACCGAACAUCCGGACUUCCAAAUAGGGGAGACAUGCAACGUGGAGCGGGGGUCUAGGUUGCCUACGAUGCCUUUCUCCGAGCCAGCGGAAUCCUGGCACAAGAUGGAGGUAAAUAGCGUUAGUAGCGAGGUCAACGGACAUCAGAUCAUGGACGAGCCCAUGGAGGAGGAAGAGCCUUUCACGGACUGUGACGAUGAGGGGGGUUAUAAGGAGAUUCCCAUCACCCACCAUGUGAAAGAGGGCUGUGAGAAGGCAGACCCGUCGCAGUUCGAACUGCUCAAGGUCCUGGGCCAGGGCUCUUUCGGCAAGGUGUUUCUCGUCAGGAAGAUCAUGGGUCCAGAUGCUGGUCAGUUAUAUGCAAUGAAAGUACUGAAAAAGGCAUCGUUGAAAGUCAGGGACAGAGUUCGCACCAAGAUGGAGAGAGACAUUUUAGUGGAGGUCAAUCACCCCUUCAUAGUGAAAUUGCACUAUGCAUUUCAGACAGAAGGAAAACUGUAUUUAAUACUGGACUUUCUAAGGGGAGGAGAUGUAUUCACUCGUUUAUCCAAAGAGGUUAUGUUUACAGAGGAGGAUGUGAAAUUCUACCUUGCAGAGCUGGCCCUGGCCCUAGACCAUCUGCACACACUGGGCAUAGUUUACAGAGAUCUCAAACCAGAGAAUAUAUUACUUGAUGAAGCUGGCCAUAUCAAGUUAACAGACUUUGGGUUGAGUAAGGAGUCAGUAGAUGCUGAUAAGAAGGCAUAUUCCUUCUGUGGUACAGUGGAGUAUAUGGCCCCUGAGGUGGUCAACAGGAGAGGACACACACAGAGCGCUGACUGGUGGUCGCUAGGCGUGCUAAUGUUUGAGAUGCUAACAGGGACAUUACCGUUCCAAGGGAAAGACCGCAACGAGACCAUGAACAUGAUUCUCAAAGCUAAGCUGGGUAUGCCACAGUUCCUGAGUCUUGAGGCACAGAGUUUGCUGAGAAUGCUGUUCAAACGUAACCCUGCCAACAGACUCGGCGCCGGGGCUGAUGGUGUGGAAGAGAUCAAACGGCACGCUUUCUUUUCCACUAUUGACUGGAAUAAGCUGUACAGGAGGGAGCUCCAGCCCCCGUUCAAACCAGCCGCAGGCAAGCCAGAUGACACGUUCUGCUUUGACCCCGAGUUCACCGCUAAAACUCCUAAAGAUUCUCCUGGUAUCCCUCCCAGUGCGAACGCCCACCAGCUCUUCAAAGGCUUCAGCUUCGUGGCCCCGGCGCCGUUCGAGGAGAACGCAAAGGGCUCGCCCCUGCUCAGCAUACUGCCUAUAGUUCAGAUGCACACAGGCUCGGCGCAGUUCUCUGACCUCUACGACCUCCAUGAGGACAUCGGCGUGGGCUCGUACUCCAUCUGCAAGCGCUGCGUGCAUCGGGUCUCCUCCACCGACUACGCCGCCAAGAUUAUAGACAAGAGUAAGAGGGACCCGUCGGAAGAGAUUGAAAUCCUGAUGAGAUACGGACAGCAUCCCAACAUCAUCACCCUCAAAGACGUGUACGACGAGGGGCGGUAUGUGUACGUGGUGACAGAGCUGAUGAAGGGUGGAGAGCUGCUGGACAAGAUCCUCAGGCAGAAGUUCUUCUCGGAGCGGGAGGCCAGCGCGGUUCUCUACACCAUCACCAAGACCGUUGACUACCUCCACUGCCAAGGGGUGGUCCACCGAGACUUGAAGCCCAGCAACAUCCUGUACAUGGACGACUCAGGGAACCCUGACUCCAUCCGGAUCUGUGACUUUGGCUUCGCUAAGCAGCUCCGCGGGGGGAACGGCCUGCUGCUCACUCCCUGCUACACCGCCAACUUUGUGGCCCCAGAGGUACUAAUGCGGCAAGGUUACGACGCGGCGUGUGACAUUUGGAGCCUGGGGGUGUUGCUGUACACGAUGCUCGCUGGGUACACGCCGUUCGCCAACGGACCCAACGACACCCCAGAGGACAUUCUGCUGCGAAUAGGCUCGGGGAAGUUCUCCCUCACCGGCGGAAACUGGGACACUGUGUCCAACACCUCAAAGGACCUGCUGUCCCACAUGCUGCAUGUGGAUCCUCACCAGCGUUACACGGCAGAGCAGGUGCUGAAGCACGCCUGGAUCACCUGUCGGGACACACUGCCUCACUUUCAGCUCACGCGGCACGACGCACCUCACCUGGUCAAGGGAGCCAUGGCGGCCACAUAUUCAGCGCUGAGCCAGAAGUCGAGCCAGCCGCUGCUGGAGCCCGUGGCCGCAUCCAGCUUGGCCCAGAGACGCAGCAUGAAGAAACUCACCUCCACGGACAUGUAGACACACAACCAUACACACACACACGCGCACACACACACACACACAUGCAUAAACAUGCACACGCAUAAACAUACACACAGUCCCAAUUCCUGGCCAGUAGACUGUCUCCCUUUUUAAGCUAUUUAUUUUGAUAAACCCACACACGGAGUACUGCACACACACAGAAACACACACAUACACAAAGAGCACCACAUAGACACAGACACGCAUACAGACACACACGAACACAAACCAAAUGGAUGGAAGAGGAAGAAGGACGAGCAGUUCUGUUACUGCCUGGGAUACACAUUUGUAUUUAUUCCCACUUCUUCUUUCGUAUGCACUUGCCCUCCUCUCUCCCCCUCUCGCCUUUCCAACUCUCUUCCUCGCUACGUGAGGUAGAGGUGCACCAGCUGAUGAUGUUCUUCUUCACUGUGAUUGGCUGAUUCAAAAAGCUGCUUCGGUAAACUGUGGCCCUAGCCCCUCCCCCUCAUCCUAACCCUCCACCCCCCCUCACCCGAUUUGCUCUCUGCCCCCUCCUGGUUCUCUUCUCUUUUUUUUUAUACUUAAAUUUCUCUAUCGUUGCUUUUUUUUUUUUCUCUUUAUGUCCUCUUAAGUGAACUAAUGUAUUUGAGUGUGUGAGUGUUUUAUUGAUGAUAUUGAUCACGGAAGUAGAACUCCCAGGCUCUGUCUCGCAGCUGCUGGGAGAGGCUGUCGGGCGACACACACACACACACACACACACACACACACACACACACACACACACACACACACACACACACACACACACACACACACACACACACACACACACACACACACACACACACACACACACACACACACACACACACACACACACACACAGUCACAGACACGGUGCAGGGUCGGGGUCGCGACCUCCGUGUCAACAUCAUUGUGCGACACUUGUGCGCGGAUACAUGCAUGUGUGCAACAACAUGGAUUUCUAUCUGCGUUAAACAUGCACUUUUGGCAGCUUUGCUUUGUCUGAUAACGACAAUGUAUCAGAAGAGUUUAUGCUGCAGAUACAAAAUUAAUAAUAAUAAUAAUACAAAAACAA